CCAAAUAGCAGGCACAAUUACAUAGAGCAAUGAAAAAUUUAUAAAGGUUACAUUUUUUGGGUAUAUCUGUCCUUUAUACUAGAAUGUGUUUAAUAAAAUACAAUGCCGCGUAUUGGAGCCCUGUGUAAUAUUAGUGUAUUAUUAAAAAAACAAGAAAAUACAUGGACGCAAGGACAGGAGCCACAUGACGAUAUAGGGAGCUAUGACUAUGACAAACAAGACCAACAAGGAACUCCGAAAGUUUUAGAUGAGAAAGCGGCUGCUAUAAAAAAAGUUUAUUUUUACGAUGGAGCAGUGAGACAAUAUGCUGCUGGACUAGCAGGUGAACUUGGCGCGCUGUCGGCAGGGUCAAAUUUGGGUUGGUCGGCUCCAAUAAUGGUGAAACUAGAUGCUCAUUAUGGGGGUUACAGUUUCCCAAUUACGAGGGCAGAGGGGUACUGGAUGGCUUCAGUGAUAGCUCUCGGAGCCGCCUGCGCAUGCUACCCGAUCGGUUUCAUUAUGGAUGCUGUAGGCCGUAAAAAGACAUUGUUGAGUCUCACCGUGCCAUUCGUAGUAGGUUGGGGUUUUAUUACUUACGCGGGUAGUGUAAAAGUACUGCUUAUUGGCAGGUUUAUCACGGGGCUAGGCGGAGGAGGCUUAAGCGUGACAGGUCCUGUCUAUGCCAAUGAAGUUUCUCAGAAGAAAAUGAGAGGGUCAAUGGGAAGUCUCUUUCAAUUGAUGCUAAGUAUUGGAAUUCUUUUAUCGGUCGCUGUACGCGGACAUGUCAAUAUCUUCCUUUUUAACUGUUUGUGCGCCUGUAUACCGUUAAUUUUUUGUAGCAUUUUUAUCUUUAUGCCAGAAAGCCCCAAGUACCUGGUAAUGAAGGGGAGAUAUGCAGAUGCAAGAGCAGCUUUAGUUAAACUUCGGGGUUCGAAGCAUGAUGUUGAUAGGGAACUGCACGAAAUUAUAGAAAAAGAAUAUACUUUGAGGAAAAAAAAGGCGAAACAUCCAAGUUACUUCAGCCGUUUAAAGCACAGGCCAGCUCGUAGGACUAUGCUCAUAUGCUUUACUUUGAUGCUGUUCCAGCAGCUGGCAGGUUUCGGCAUCGUGGUUAUGAGUGCGCCGCGGGUCUUUGCAUUAGCAGGCGUUCCACUGCCUUGGACAAUUACGACGCUUAUUCUUGUCAGUAAUCAUUUGGUGGCGACAGUUUUCGCAACUCUGCUCAUUGAUAGAGUUGGCAGACGUUUUCUUUUGCUUCUGUCUGCAAUGUUGAUGUGUAUUUGUGGCACUACUAUAGGGACAGUAUUUUGGCUGCAGGAAAUCUUAGACAUACAAAAUACAGUUUUUAAGUAUAUCACAAGUGUUCCUAUUGUUUGUAUUUUCGUGUUUGUUUAUGCAUAUGCUUUAGGUUUUGGUUCAAUCCCAUGGUUAAUGGCCAGUGAGCUCUGUCGGAUGGAUAUCAAAGCCUUUGUGACCGCUACGGCUGCAACCAUAAGUUGGUUCCUUGUAUUCGUUUCAAAUAGCACAGUACACAGGCUGCUUCGCAUUGUAGCUAUAUAUAAAAUGUUUUGGAUAUACGCCAGUUUUACGUUUACUGCAUUCUUUUUUGUAUAUUUCGUUGUCCCUGAAACUAAAGACUUGAGCAUAGCUGACAUUCAGCAUCUUUUACGCCUUCCAAUUGGACACACGCAGACUCGGAAAGGACCAGCAUGGUCUGUAACGCUACGUGAGAAACGCUAAGCAGAGAGCGUCACGUCUUAAGGUCUCACACAGUAACGGCACGGUUUCAAUCUAUCCCAGUUAUUAAGAUUUUUGAGCAUAAAAUCUUAUGUCGUAUUAUAUACCUACAAAAAAGACUGACAACGCUCCGCCGGCCGUUGGCUUUUUCAAAGUAGAUAAUUUAAAACGCUGUGCCGAGACUGUGUGCCUUUGAACAAUUUUUUUUUUCAGUCCGUUUCAUUGGUUGGGGGUUCGUGUACAAGUAGGUAUUAGAUCUCUUUCACACAAGUACCUACUCCUACCUAUGUACCUAUCAACUGAUAAGAAUAAUGUUAGGGUGCGUCCACAUCUGGCGAGUGCGCAGCUCGCGAGACGCUCGUGAGCUGAUGCGCAGAUGUGGUGUGUAAAGCGUAGAUGUGGACGCACCCUUAGGUACGUCCGUACAAUCCAAGACAAAUUGUAUGGUGUCAUGGCCACAAUAUAUUUAAAAAAAAAAUAUAGAUGCACUAUAUUUAGGUGACCCCUUGGUUGAUUUAUACAGUUGACGGGUUGUAUUUGUAACUAGCUAUGCCUACGUGAAUAAGUUUUGUACUGUAUUGAAAAAGCUCCAUCAUUUUUUUUUUGUGGGCAACAAGGUCUUUUCUUUACAUUUUGAACUCUAUCAAUUAGUUGUAAAGGCGAAAAUCCAAUAAUAAAAAUUGACACUUUGGAGUAGUUGGAUGUGCUGGCCACUGUACUAUCUAGUUUCAUAAACCUGAAACUUUAUUUAUCAUGUUUAAAGAAAAAUUGUAGGUGACAAGUGUGUAAUCAAAAAAUUGUUAUUAUUGUAACUGAGUCAGAUAGGUAUUGCGACAUUGUUUUUUAUAAUUUUUAAUUUAUUAAA